AGGUCUUGUGAUUUGCGAAUGAUUGCGACGUUUGCGAUUGGUUGUGUAAUAGAAACACACAAUAGAGUGUGUGUGCAACAGAGAUGUAAUUAUUAAAUUUUUUUUAUUUAUUUCACAAUAAUACUGAAUAUUUAAUAGCAGAAUAUAAAUAAAAACUGUUGUUUAUGAUCAUUGAUAAUAAUUUUUAAUAAAUCUUAUUAAUCUAUUAAAUAAACGUCAAGUGUAUUAUUGUCAGCUACUUGUUGUGUGAUCGUCAUUAAUGCAAACAAAAAACAAAACAAAAAUACAAGUGCGUAAUAAUAAUAGCAAUAAUAAAUUGAACAUAAAUUUUAAUAAAGCGAAUAAAUAAAUAAAAUAAAUAUAAACAAAGAGAUGGGAUCAUCAAGGCCACCAGAUAGAUCAUUAGGUAGUGGAAUAUCAUUUCCUCAGUGGAUGAAAGGAAAAGUCGACAGUCGGUUUGACUUCGAUCAAAGUACAUUCAGUCCUCCUUCUCACGACGAUAGUUUUUUUUAUAUCAGUUAUAGUAAAUUAGGGACUGGUGGACAAUCAUCUUCAUCUUCUUGUACAUCUUCAUCGUCAGUUCAACCACCAAGAGAAGGUUUUCAAUCAAUAAAUUCUGUUUUAAGUGAAACUAAAACUAUUUCUACUUCAACAACAGUUAAAGAACCUUCUUCUUCUUCUUUAUCUCAAUCAUCAAACAUUCCAACAAUUAAAAAUGUUGCUACUGAUUUGAGUAAGCAUCCAAUCGCUUGUCAACAAUCGUUUACUUCAAAUCUCAAGGCAGGUGGAAAUCAGGAAGCAUUACUGAGUAAUAAAUUAAUAAGUAAAUCACAACAACAAGGAAGUGAUGAAUUCCAUAACGGAGCAACAUCUGGUCUUUGUGGUAAAUCAAUAGUCAGUGUAGCUAAUCGCAUAAUGUCUGCGUCAAUAACUAAAAAAGUUAAUAAUUCAAAUAAUUAUUCAACACUGAAUGUUGAUGUUAUUAAUAAUACUACAGCAUCAUCUCGUAAUGAAAUGGAUCGUGCCGAGUUAUUGAAAAGACGUGGAAGUAGAUCAUUACCAGUAAGUCCAAUAAAUUCUCCCAUUUCAACGCCAGAUAGUUCUCCAAAAUCACGAAGACGAGUUAUUCAAAAUAAAUUUUUCACUGGUGGAUUUUUACCGGAUGGUAAUAAAUCAUCAUCAUCGUCAUCAUCGACAAUACCGUGGUUUUUAUCCAGUAUUUUAAAUCAAUCAAGAGAUAUAAUUGGUCAUAAUAAAAUAAAUGAAGAAGAUGAAGUUACUGAAAUAAAUGAUAUUGUUAGCCCGCCACCAGUCAGAUCUUUAAAUAGAAAAAAAUCUAUAUCUUCACAAAAUUUAACGUAUGUCGGCAGUGGUAUUAGUAUUUCAGAAGAUAAUAAAAAAGAUAAUAAUAAUUCUUCAAUGAUGGCUACUGUUCAAAAUAUCUUUCAACCUGAACAGUCUGAAUUACGAGAAAUGAAUUUUUUGUCUCCAACUUCUAUGUGAUUUAGAUCAAUUUCUAACGUAUUUAUUCUACUCACUUAUUAUUAUUAUUUUAUUAAUAUCCUUAUAAUUUACAUUAAUUGUGACUUUUUGGAACUGACUUUUGUUUAUUAAUUAACUUACAAACAAAAAAAUAUGUAUUUAAUUUAAUACCUUUUUUUUUACCUUUAUUUCUUUACGGUCAAUUUUAGUGAUACUAAAUUAUAUUAUUUGUAAAUCAAUGGGACUGAUAAUGAAAAAAAAAAUGUUAACAACUGUAUAUUUGAUAACUUCAAUAUUUAUUAAAACAUAAGUAUAUAUGUGUAUACUUAUAUAAUUAUAUCCAUAUACUUACAUUUAUUGUUAUUAUUAUUAUUAAUAUUAUUUUUGAUUUUAUUUUAUUAUUCCUUUUCUUGUUUUGAUUAGAAUCAAAAUAAAAAUAAAAACGUGGUAAAAUAAAAUUAAAUGCAUCUAAGCCUAGUUCACACAUACAAUGGCACAUAUUUAUUUGAAAAUAGUAAUUUCUAAUAAUAAGUAACUAAAAAAUAAUGUAAGUUCAACUAAAUUUUCAACCAUCAAAAAUUUUUACCUAAACGUUAACAAAUGAAAAGAAAAAUAAAAAAAUUGAAAAAUAAAAAAAAUUAUGACAUUAAAUAAUAAUAUUUUAUCUGAAAUAAAGCUAUCUAUAUAUAUUAUAUUAAUAAUAAAAAAAUGCGAUAUAUUUUAGACAUAAAAAUUCUAUUAACUAUCAUUUAAUCGCUUUUUUUUUUUCAAUUUUCUUGAAUAUAUUAUACUAUUUUAAAAAUGCACUAUACGUAUCAAUAGCACUAAUAAUUAGUGCGAAUAAAUAGCAAUAAGACUACGAAUUAAAAUAAUGAAUAAAUAUAAUAUCACGUAAUGAAUAUGUAGUGAUUUAAGUCAAGCGAAACUGCAUUGCACUUACAAAAUUCUCUCAAUCAUAUUAUUAUUAUUAUUAUGUAUUAUGAUUUUUGUUGUUUUUUAUUAAUUUUCAUGGCAAACUUCCAUGUAGCAUGGAUUAUGCAUUAUAUCUUUGAUCAUGUCUUUUAGUAUCGUGUAACGAGGAAACAUAGGAUAAACUUUUGAACUGUUGUAUUCCACCUGCAAUUGAUAAAUUGAUUUAUUUUACCAUAAUGAUUAUAAUAAUAA